AUGUCCGAGACCUCAAAUACAGGAUUGGAGUCACUGCCUGACGAAAUCAGGUCCCAUAUCCUGACCUAUCUCAUGCUUCCUCCACCAUCUUGGAAUUGGCAGAAGAAUACGCUUGACAUCAGUCUGACCCACUCAUCCGACUUGAGAAGUAAACCCUUGAAAUCCUUAAUCCUUGUAUCUAAGAUCUGGUAUCGAUUGAUCUCGCCCCUGCUGUACACGCAUCUGCAACUCCGGCUUCAAACUCCUAUAGUGCAGGCUGAACCGUCAUUGCUUGCACCAAAGCUCAAGACUAUAUCGGCCAACUUCAAAGAAUGGCUGUUCAACGAUCCGGGCUAUCCACGCGACAUACGUCUCCCCUAUAGACAUGUUUGGCAAGAUGCAAGAACGGACAAAGCUGCCGUAUGGACAGCUACACUAAAUGACAUCUUGUCCAGCCUGUUCACGUUUCUCGAAUCACCAAACAAUGGCAGCGCUAGUUGUGGUGUACAGUCUCUAACCAUCAUCGCCCAUGAUGAGCUCAGCAAUAACGAUCUCGACUAUAUCCGUGAUGAAGUACACUGUUUGAUCGCUACAACGGCCUUUUGGAACCUGCUAUUCGAGAAGCUUGACCCUGCAAGAGUCUCGGUGCUGGCACCACCAAGUACGCUCGCUUGCCUCCUUGGUUGCAGUAUGAACAUGCUAGACGCUUGGGCAUUUCCGGGUAUGGCUAUGCAGCUGGUCUCGGUUUGGAGAGAGCCUAGGCCUGUGGAAGUCGCAGAUCAAAGUCACUCACUCUCUGAGAACUACUAUGAUAUGAUGCAGCCAGUGGAGCUGGUCAUGGAACCCAAUGAGUACGGUAGACCAGCUCUUUCCAGCUUGAUCUACAUCAGGCCUUGGACUCAUCUGGCUGUUAACGAAGGGUCCUUCCUUGAAGCAUACUCAACAUACGAGUACUUUCACAAGAAUNNCCCCCCUGGUAUUUUGGCAUCGGUAGGUAGAGCGUUCCGGCUUGAAAUGGAAAUGUGGUCGGUAGCAUACAAAGCUGUAUUCCCCUUUGGUAACCAUAUUGGCUCGCCACUGGACCGAAUUACCUACAAAGGCAACUCGUCGAAUGUUCGAAAACUUUACGUCAAGUUGGCACCUGACCCGGACGAUACAAUCCUGGACGACCCGACCCAAAUUGGCAAAGCAGAUAUUGCCGAUUGCUGGCGUGAAGUUGAGUCAGCGUACAGAUUCUUGACAGAUCCUGCUCUCAGGGGCGAAUCAGACAUCACACAGCCUGGGCUAGGCAGGGAGCUUGAGAUGUUUGGGUUCGGUGACGGCAGCAUUACUUCGAUCAGAGAGACGGUCAGUAGCUCAUUGGCCACUGCGGAAUGGCAAGAGGUGAUCAGCAAUGAGUGGCACAGCUCUCGACUUUUAUCGCGUUUAGGGACAUCAACAAUUGAUAGCAAAGUUAUCGCUAGAGGGUUGAACGACAUGCAGAUCGGGUAA